AUGACGUCAUAUCAGAUGGCACCGGGUGUUCUGCGCCCCAUCAUACCCAAAGCAAGCAAGAUUUUCGCCAUAUUGUUGGUAGUCAUGGCGUACCAUCCUGUGUCUCUUCGAGGUCUAGCUAUCGCACAUAUGGUGUUUGGUUCUUUAAUGAUUAUACUGGGAAUUGCAUCCCGUAUUGCAGUGGAUCACUGGUGUCCUAAGAUCGGUUAUGGCGUCUGGAUUGGCAUUUGGGUUCUUCUCACAGGAAUCUUUGGAUACGUUGGUGCAAAAGAUGAUUCAACUCCCAACAGGUGUUUGAUUGGCACUUACAUGGGAUUUGCCAUCACAGCUUGUGUUCUAACUGUGUUCAUGUUCAUCACCUACUGUAUUGCUCUGGUAGACUACUCUCAUAUCAGCAGCUGCAAGAGUUACCAUUACAGUUACUUCAAAGUCUAUUGUUACUCUGCAAGUAAGAGGCAUAUGGCUGCUGUUGGAACUGGGUUAGGCUCCUGCCUUCUAAUAUGCGCUGUCGUUCAGUUUAUGUUGUCUCUUACUGCAUCAAUCUACUGCUGUGGUGCUGUUUGUUGCAACACCCCAACAGGAGUGACGGUAACCAAUCAACAAGUGACAUACAUUCAGCCUGGGCGGCCUGCAUUUACAGGACCACAGGGAGGUAUGGUUAUCAUUCAGCCAACUGGUGGAGUUACAACUACAACACCAGCUUACCCAGCAGUAGCCCAGCCUCAAGUUUAUGUUCAACAGCAAGUUCAUCCUGGGGUGACCAUCCAACAGCCUGGCUACUGGGCUGUUCCCCCUGGGUCCAACCCAGCUGGUAUGGUGACUGUGACACACGCAAGUGCUCUUAGUCCACAGAUACAGACUCAAAUACAAUCUCAGACGCUAGUUACUGAUGAGAGGCCGCCACCUUAUGCUGCAUAUAUGCAGACGAGCAAUCCUCCACCUUGAGGUGUUUCGCUUGAUGUUACCCCGGGUGGACUGGUUGAUAUUUGAGUCUAUGCGGUGAUGGGGCAUAAUUUAUUUUGAAAGUUUCUGUAAAUAGCCGACCAAGCAUUUAGUGUAGCCUUGUAAAGGACCAUUUCAUCUGUACUCGACAAAUGGGUUGUCUGGAAUUGUCGCUUUUGUAUAUAAAAAUAAUUUUCAUCUUGGUUACCAAGUUGAAAAAGAAUUAUUAUUUUAAGUUUUUUCUUAAUAAUCGGGCUGUGGUCUCCUAAUGGUAAAUUGUCUUUCUUCAUAACCGAGAUAUAUUUAUCGAGAAACAGGACCUUUGUAAGUUCUUUAGCUUAUCUUCCAAGCUCACUUCUUCGUGUGAAAACAGUAAGAUUUGAGCAAUGAAAAUUGUGGCAAAGUGCACGGAAUGUUGGUGAUCAAGCCAGUCUGGUCGACCAAGCUCAGUUGUAAAGACCCAGUCCUUCAAGUGAAACCCCCCCCCCCCCUCAUGGGGUUAGCAGACACUUAAUACUGAAACGUUGUAACCCAAUGUUUUUUAGUUUGACCGCAACUCCUAAUGGUUACUACAUUUCAAUCAGCUCUGCUAGCAGUCGUUCAUUGUUACGAUUGCCCAACGCUGCCUGACCAACACAAGUGUCAUUUUUUUUUAACACUGUGAAUUGUUGUUUCCUAGCGUCAAUAUCCAUGUAACCCGUCCCAUUCAUUUCAUUUGUGAGUAGAGUGCAAAAUCGGGGCGAGUGACAGAAAAAAAAGGGGGGGGGGAGAGAAGGAGAGAAUGAAAAUCCUGCCAAUUUUCUCUCGACCAAAAAUUUAUUUGUCUCCACUAACAGGAGAGCCUGGCAGAGGCCAGUAUGUGUCAAGGACCCGAGAGUAAUCUUUUAUCGCCCUAAAUAUGCCCUUUGUUUUCGUUCGUAGUAAGAAUCCUUAGCAUAUGGUCCGUGAUUAUUUUGAAGUUGUGUAAGAGUGUAGUAAUUUCUAUUUUAGUAAUAGCACAAAGCUUUGUAUUGAAUAUUAAGUGAGAAGAAAUAAUUACAUCUUCUUAGAUGAAACGGGAAGAGGAAAGGAUUUCCUUUCUGACCAGUCACAAUUUAUGCUGAAAUGUAAAAGGCCUCGCAGAUUUAUUUAUGCAAGAAGGGGGGUGGUAUUUUACGGUCAAAUUUUUGACUUUGAAUUCUGUGAUGUUACAUGAAAACAAGGAUACAUCUAGAUGUACUUUAUAUUCAAGUGGUAAUUUAUUCUAUUUAUAUCAAUUUAUUUUCUUUGCAUGCUGGGGAUUGUAUAAAGACUAAUUCCAGUUUGAUAGUAUCUUCUAAAAUAGUACAUCCUUUCGCUUAUUUAUUGAAGAUAGGUCCUACAUAGUUCGUACAAUUUUUCUUAACGAAUUAUUUGCGAAAUUGAAGAUUGGUGAGAGCCUGGUGCUUCUCUCUUGAUAUUAAAUCGCUUUUAACUUGCGAUACUUUAGCGUUCUUGUGUACAUUAUGAGAGAUAUAAUUCUCACUUGUUCGCUCUCCCAACAGGGCGCUGUGCGAACAAGAUCGAGAGUUCGCCGUAAAAAGUUUGAUAUUAGAAUUUAUUUUUUAUUGAAUUUCCCUCCAAUAUUUAUUGUUAUAACUUAUUUUGCAGAGUGACACAGAGUGAUCAUUAUUUAUAGCAUGCCCCAUCAGUCUAAUAAAGAUUUCAAUGCACGCAACA